AUGCGAUGCAUUAUCACAAGGAAAACCCAAGAAUCGGAACAGCAGCUUCAGAACCUCCGGGAGCCCGAACCCAAGGGCCAGUGUGAGGCCAAGGGACAGGGAGACCAGCAGCACGGCCUUUUGUUGAGCAGCAGAAAGCCCCAUGUCUCAGCCCUCGGACACCCCGGCCAGGGAGCCGCUACAUUGUAUGGAGGAGGAGCUGGGACAACAGAUCACUUCCGAGGGAACACGCUACACCCUCCUCCUACUCCUCCAAAAAGUGCACCCGCCACUGUCAAGGGCAGUCACUGGCUACAGGGGAGACAGGUUUCAUUGAAUUACCAGAGGAAAGGUUGUCAUAACAGAACAAUGUUGACUGCCAGGGCUUGUCGUCACCUUCCAGCGCGGACAUUACAGCUGAAAGAUCACGCUGAACGCUUCAGGAUCCUGAAGACAUUGUCCAUUACUCUUAGACGAUCCUACGCAAGCGAGGCUGAGCAGGGAAAUAAAGCUGUUCUUGUGACAGGAUGUGAUUCAGGAUUUGGAUUUACAUUGGCCAAACACCUACAUAGCAAAGGUUUCACAGUGUUUGCUGGAUGCCUGUUCAAGGACAAAGGAGACGCAGGUGUGAAAGAAUUAGACAACCUGAAGAGCGACAGAUUGAAGACUUUGCAGCUUAAUGUGGUGAAGCAGGAAGAGAUAGAAAAGGCUGUGGAGAUCAUUCGGGAAAAUCUGCAGGAUCCUGAAAAGGGUCUCUGGGGUGUGGUUAACAACGCUGGUAUCUCCACGUUUGGAGAAGUUGAGUUCACUAGUAUGGAAACAUACAAGGAGGUUGCUGAAGUUAAUUUAUGGGGCACAGUACGAGUUACCAAAGCUUGUCUCCCUCUCAUCCGCAGGGCUAAAGGUCGUGUUGUGAACAUCAGUAGUAUGCUGGGUCGAAUGUCAAAUCCUGCUCGCUCCCCUUAUUGCAUCACAAAGUUUGGCGUCGAAGCAUUCUCUGACUGCCUCCGCUAUGAGAUGCAUCCACUAGGUGUAAAGGUUAGCGUGGUGGAGCCAGGUAAUUUCAUUGCUGCCACCAGCCUCUACAGCCCUGAAAAGAUCAAAGCCAUUGGAGACAAAAUGUGGGAACAGUUAACAGAGGAGGUGAAGAAUGAUUACGGAAGAAAAUACUUUGAUGAGAAAAUUGCUCGUAUGCACACAUACUGUAACAGCGGUUCCACUGACACAUCACCUGUUAUUAAUGAUGUCACACAUGCUUUGACGGCAUCCACUCCCUACACACGUUAUCACCCCAUGGAUUAUUACUGGUGGCUGAGGAUGCAGAUUAUGACACACAUGCCUGGUGCUAUAUCUGACAAAAUUUACAUUCAUUAGCAAUUUUUGUAUUAGAUAUAUGUUUAAAUGUAACAAAA